UGACGUCCAUUAACCACCAACAAAACCCGUAGAGCGAAGUAAAAAAAAAAAAGUAUUUCAGCAAGAUUAAAAAGAUGGCUGCAGUGCUCCCACCUAGACCACCGUGCGACAGUAACCCAGCUACCCCUGGAGCACAAUCGCUAAAGGAGGAUGUAACGGAAGAGGAGUCUAACGAUGGCAGCCAACCUCCUAAAAGGCGGAGAAUGGGUUCAGGAGACAGUUCACGAAGCUGUGACACUUCCAGUCAAGAGUUUGGUCCAACAUAUUUCCCAGCAGAGAACCUGACAGAGUAUAAGUGGCCACCGGAUGAUACGGGAGAGUAUUACAUGUUGCAAGAGCAGGUCAGCGAGUAUCUGGGAGUCACAUCCUUCAAGAGGAAGUACCCUGAUAUGGAACGGAGGGACCUGUCGCACAAAGAGAAGCUUUACUUGCGUGAACAGAAUGUUAUCACAGAAACGCAAUGCACUCUCGGUUUAACAGCUUUGCGCAGUGACGAGGUGAUUGACCUGAUGAUAAAAGAGUAUCCCUCCAAACAUUCCGAGUACUCGGUCAUACUGCAGGAGAGAGAGCGACAGAGGAUAGCUAAAGAGUACUCUCAAAUGCAGCAGCAGAACCAUCAGAAGGUGGAGGCCAGUAAGGUUCCGGAAUACAUUAAGAAGGCAGCCAAAAAAGCGGCAGAGUUCAACAGUAACUUCAACAGGGAGCGAAUGGAAGAAAGGAGGGCCUACUUUGACCUCCAGACACAUGUUAUUCAAGUGCCACAGGGCAGGUUUAAAGUUCUUGCUCCAGAUCUGACCAGGACGGGGCCCUACCCUGUUGCUCUCAUACCAGGACAGUUCCAAGACUACUACAAGAGGUACUCUCCCAACGAGCUGCGGUACCUGCCUUUGAACACUGCCCUGUUUCAGCCCCCACUGGAUCCAGAGCUCCCUGCGCUGGACUCUGAUCCUGACUCGGAUGAUGGAGACGAUGACAAAAAGAACAAGAAUUCUUCCGACAGUUCUUCAGGCAACACAUCAGACGUAGAAAGUCAGGAGGGAAGAGGCCACAAAUCCAAGGCCAAAGACAGGACCUCCACACAGAGUAAAGACCGCCACUCUGCCUCCCACAAAGCCACCCCCGGGUACAAGCCUAAGGUCAUUCCCAGAGCUAUAUGUGGCAUUUGCCAGAAGGGUAGAGAGGCCAACAAGAAAGGCAAACCAGAGGCUCUCAUUCACUGCUCCCAGUGUGUUAACAGUGGCCACCCGUCCUGCCUGAAAAUGAACGAGGAUCUGGUGCGUGUGAUCCAGACAUACCGCUGGCAGUGCAUGGAGUGUAAGACCUGCACCGUGUGCCAGCAGCCCCACCAUGAGGACGAGAUGAUGUUCUGCGACAAGUGUGACCGAGGCUUCCACACCUUCUGCGUGGGCAUGGACUCCAUCCCCACAGGUCUUUGGGUGUGUGAGGUGUGUGGCAAAAAUUUCAGCACUCCCAAGAAGAAAGGGGGAGUGAAAACGCCAAAAAAGCCCAAAUCCGUGCAGAAAUGACAUCGUUAAAGACCAAAUCCUACUUUUCUUUUGUCCCAAAUCACAGUCUACUCUACACUGAAAAGUGUGGAUUCUCCUUUUUUUGAGAGGGAUGCCUAUAAUUUAGACUUCAAACACCCCUCAUCACAAACUUUUGUUGCGGUUGGUCUUUACCUUGUUUGCUCAUUGUGGAACGUGGGCAAAAACCCAAACAAGCUUAUGCUUUAUUGUACGCUAUUACCAAUUUUUUAUUCAUUGUAUUCUUUUUUUCAAUCGGAUAGAAGUGUCUCAGUCUGUAUGUUCUAGUGUUUCAAAGUCAAAAGAGUGCAGUAAGUCUGCCCGUAGCAGACAACCUUACAUGCGGCUGAAUCAACCGUGCUGUACCAUCGGUCAUCGCCAAUCAUGCAUGCUUGAGAACACCGUUUUUACCUCACUUACCAGUAGUUAUAACUGAGUCAUAUUUUUGGUUUUCCAGACCACAUUUAGGUUUGUUUAGAUUUUUGUCAUGUUUUAAAAUUCCUCACAUAUAGCAUUCCUUAUGUUUGUUUUCUUAACUGUUAUCAAUUGCCAAUGUGAUUCUGACUUUAAAUGUUCAUUUUUCUGUUUUGGAUGAACAAGUGGUGCUCUUAUUAAUGUACUAGUCAUCAACCCUAACUAAAGGUCAGUUACUUAAAUUUGAAAAUAUUUUUGUUCUCUUGAUGCAAACUUGUCUUGAAUUGUGACACGGUGCUAAUUGUGGAUUUUUUUUUUGUGUAUGUGUAAUGUUUGUCCUUUUUACUUACUUAUGGUAAUCUUACACUGUUGUUACAUUGUAAUGGUGCCUUUGACUGCAACAGGUCUAACAAUGCUGGUCUUUUUUUUGGUACAAGCAACAGUAAAUCUCAUUUUGAAUUAGACUUGAAAAUAAACUUAUUUUUAAAGUGCUGUAGUGGCUAGUAAAU